ACCUUGCUUAUAACUAUUCGGAAUCGCUACUUUCGUGAAUAGUACAAGAACUUUUCAAUCUUGCGCUCUCACCCUCCGCCAAAUUUUAAGGUGUAUUUUCUGAUCAGUCACUGGAAUAUAAACCUUCUUGCCUAAAUCAUCUUCCUACAUAAUCAACUCAACCUGUCUUUCGCAGCCAAGGAAAACAUGUCAACUAAACGAAAACCACCAAACGUGAUCGCUCACCCAGUGGUCAAGCAGAGCGCAAAGAUCCCCUCUAAGACUACUAUCAACGAGUCUGAGACAGCUGUGUCAAUUCCUAAUAUUUCAAAAGAGCCUGGAAUCACGGGCGAAUUGAUAGAAAUUUCAAGCGACAGUGCCAGCAGUGACUAUGAGUAUUCAGAUGGAGAAAAGGAGGAUGGGGAAUCUACGAAAUUGCGCAACGGUGCUGCUAAGGCCGAAGUUCCAGCUUCCCAAGACCAAAUCACGCCAAAGAAUGACAACCCACCACACAACAACGACGGAGACGUUGACAUUGAUAUGGCAAUUGAUGGCGAGUCUGACCAAGACCCUUCCCAACCCACAUUUGGCGAGCUUGCUCGCGCGCACGACGCCAUUGAAGUUCCUGCUGCGAUUUCCACACAGCCUCACGCUCCCGCUGCCCCGGGGCGUUCGUUAGCUCCUCCCAGCCUCUCGUCCCUUGGGACAGUUCUAUCCCAAGCACUUCGCACCGACGAUUCAGACCUCCUGGAGUCGUGUCUUCAUACCACUGACCGUGCCACAAUCCGACAAACCAUCGAAAGAUUAGACUCUAGCCUCGCCACUACCCUUCUAACCAAAAUCGCAUCCAGAUUGCACAGGCGUCCCGGGCGGGCUGGCAGCCUCAUGUGUUGGGUCCAAUGGACACUUAUUGCACAUGGAGGCGCAUUGGCGACCCAGGCUGGAUUGGCAAAGAAGCUAGGGGAACUACAUCGAGUGCUUGAGGAGCGAUCACGAGGUCUCAACUCGUUGCUAGCCCUCAAGGGCAAACUGGAUCUGUUGGAGGCACAAAUGGACCUACGGCGGGGGAUGCAACGGAAUAGAGACCCCGAUGAGGAAGAUGACGAGGAAGGUGUCGUCUACGUGGAGGGAGAAGAGAGUGAUGCAGAUUUGGUUAAUGGGGCAAUGGACAUGGUCGAGGAUAACGACGAGCUGCCUGUCACCAACGGCGUGUUCGAAAACGAUUCAGAGGAUGACGAAGAAUCCAGCGAGGGUGAAGAGGAGGGUGAAGAUGACCUAGCGGUUCAAGAUGAUUUGGACGAGAACGAAGUGAAGCAUGAUGAUGUGGAAUCAGAAGAGGAAGAUAGUGAGGCUGAGGCGGCAGAGUCUCAACGACCGGUGAAACGAUCGAGGACGAAAAGAAUAUGAAGUAUUAUUGUGGAGAGAUGCUGAAUAGAGGUUUUCAUCACAAUAUAAACUGAUACCCGUCACUCUCCCUUGAUUCACUGUAGUUCAUCAAUGGCAUGAGGAGGCACACAUACAGAUGUACCAAUACCUAUAUAAGUAGGUGCUAAGUAGCUUGAGAUUUACUACUAAAAUAAUACUACGUGCCUACUUUGAAA